AUGGUGUAUGAUCUUUCUAAUAUAAUCCUGGAAUUGAUCUGCCAGAAUUUUACUGAGGAUUUUAGCAUCUAUCGGGGCCAUUGCGACUACAGUGGGAGAGCUAUGUGUUGCUGCUGUGGAGCAGAGAAUGUGGAGGCACCGACUGGGAAAAACAUUUCUGUAGGGGUGUUACAGAGAGGUCACACUGAAGAAAGGCCUUAUCAGUGCAGUGAAUAUGGGAAAUCUUUUAGCAGUAGUAACUGCCUAGAUGACCACCAAGCUUUGUACACUGGAGAAAGGCCUUAUGAGAGCAGUGAAUGUGGAAAAGCUGUUACCAGAAGCAGUGCCCUCCAUGAUGAUCGGGGAGUUCACACAGAAGAAAUACCUUAUGAGUACAGUGAGUGUGGGAAACCUUUUACCAGUAGCAGUAACCUUCAUUGUCACCAGAGAGUUCACACUGGAGAAAGGCCUUAUAAAUGUAGUGAGUGUGGGAAAGCUUACUGCAGUCGCACUAAACUUUGUUGUCAUCAGAGAGUGCACACUGGAGAAAGGCCUUAUCAUUUCAGUGACGGUGGGAAAUCCUUUACCACUAAGACCCACUUUCCGAGUCAUCAGAGAGUGCAUACAGGAGAAAAUCGUUAUAAAUGCAGUGAAUGUGGAAAGUCUUUUACAAGGAGCACUGGUCUCCAAUAUCAUCAGAGAGUUCACACAGGAGAAAAGCCUUAUCAGUGCAGUGAAUGUGGGAAAACUUUUACAGGUCCCAGUGGUCUCCAAUAUCAUCAGAGAGUUCACACUGGAGAGAAGCCUUACCAGUGCAGUGAAUGUGGGAAAUCCUUUAUCACUAAGACCCACCUUCAUAGACAUCAGAGAGUUCAUACAGGAGAAAAGGCUUAUAAAUGCAGUGACUGUGGGAAAUCUUUUACCACAUUCACUGACCUUUGUCAUCAUCAGAGAAUUCAUGUUGGAGAAAAGCCUUAUAAAUGUACUGAAUGUGGAAAAGCUUACACCAGUAGCACUAAACUUUGUCGUCAUCAGAGAGUGCACAAUGGAGACAGGCUUUAUCACUGCAGUGAAUGUGAGAAAUCUUUUAUCACUACCACGAAACUUUGUCAUCAUCAGAGAGUUCACACUGGAGAAAAGCCUUAUAAAUGCAGACUAUGUGAGAAAUCUUUUACCACUAACACCAACCUUCGUAGUCAUCAAAGAGUUCAUACAGGAGAAAAGCCUUAUCAAUGCAGUGACUGUGGAAAAUCUUUUACCUGGAACAGUGAUCUUCGUCGUCAUCAGAUAGUUCAUACAGGAGAAAAUCCUUAUAAAUGCAGUGAAUGUGGAAAGUCUUUUACAAGUAGCACUCGUCUCAAAUAUCAUCAGAGGGUUCACACUGGAGAAAAACCUUAUAAAUGCAGUGAAUGUGGGAAAUGUUUUACCUGUAGUGCUAACCUUCAUACUCAUCAGAGAGUGCACACUGCAGAGAAGCCUUAUAAAUGCAGUGAAUGUGGGAAAUCUUUUACCUGGAGCACCAACCUUCGUACUCAUCAGAGAGUUCACACUGGAAAACAGCCUUAUAAAUGCAGUGAAAGUCUUCAAAAUCAUCAGAGAGCUCACACUGGAGAAAGCUGUUAUGAGUGCAAUUAAAGUGAGAUAUCUCUCAGUCUAAUUUGUAAAUAAUUCUACGUAACAAAG